AUGGCCUUGAGCAUUUGUAGGAGAAGUUUUUAUGAAUACGAGUUGCCAAGAGAGGCUAGCACUUAUGUCCAAAAUCCCAUCAUCAUCGGGACUAAUGAAGAAGUUUUCGAUAACUCUGACACAGUUGAAAACUUGGCCAUUCCAAAAUUGGUUUUAAAGGAAAAGAUUCUAUACCCUAGUAGCUCAUCCCAUGAUCAGAGGGUGCCCUCGAUUCAAAUUUCCAAGAACGGUUUGCUCAACAGGAAGAGACCAAAACCUGUGGAAGAUGAAAGGCCACCACAGGAUUACUUGAUUAAUGGCAACAACACAUGUAGGACCUUGAAAACGGAUGAUGAUUUGUGCUCCACUGCUGAAUCCUCUUCAGCUAAGAGGCAGAUUACCUGCAGCAGAAACUCGUUUUCUGUUCCCAAUCCUGAUCUUUAUUGUCAACCGGCAAGCCUUCUAAGGAUUGUGAAUCGUCAGAACUCCAGCAGUCAUUGCAAGAGGAGGUUAACAUGGAAAAUAACUCAAGCCGAAAUGGUACGUUGA